CAGGGAUUUUGCCAAUGGCCGAUGCCACUUCUGCAGAUUACGCCCCAGCAGGCUCUAUAUGCCAGGCUUGCCAUCUUUAUGAGACAAGUCCUGACAAGAGCUCUCGCACAUCAUGGACUAAAACACCCCCUACUGAUCUGGUUGGACCAGCAGAGAAUUCCGAGUCAGGCCAGUACGCGCUCCUCGUCCGAAAUGUCAAGUGCUACAGCGGACGUAAGAACCUCGAGAUACAUUCGAUCGUGGUACAGAGUGGCCAUCUCAAACGUGUUCUGGCCGAUGUCAUGCGUGGCUAUCCCCGUCUCACCAUGGAACUCGAGCGCGUCGAAUUUGCCAGUCCCUUUGAGCCGUUUGUCCACCGCUGGAAGAAGUUCACCAAAGCCAGAGACACUGAGUCUGACGAGGCGGUCAAAGCCCACAUCGAUUUGCUGUACAAUAUUUUGGAAGGAGAGCUGCACGACGUUAUCUCUCGCAAGAACGAUCUGGUCCGCAACGGUGUGAUGACUUAUGACUCGCUCUGGACGAUCUUCGAGCCCCAUCAGGCCGUUUUCAGCAUCGUUAACGGCCGCAGGCGUAUCUUCAAGAUGGAAUCCAGCGAGGUCGACCCCUUCUCGAGAACCUUCGUAAUUGCCGCGACCUAUGUUGAUUUUGACGGAACCAAAUUCGGGCACAUGCCGCAUCACCUUUUCAUCCCAUACUACGAGGGCACCAAGCCCAUUAUGUCGUUGUCGGUAUUCCCUCUUGUAUACCAUGGCGACCAAGCCCUCAUUCGCAAGGAUCUGAUCUCCCGUGGAAAGCUCUGGUCCGAGUACAAAGGCCAUCACUACAAGCAGUACGAAGGCCUAGCUCUAACUAAAGGUACGAAUGGCUACAACGUCAAAAGCCGCAUCAUCAUCGACGCAGAGGCAUACAAAACCUUUAACCCCAGCGAUUCCUUAGCCGUCUCCGGAAAUAUAUCCGACAAACUAACAGACAACCACUUGUUAAUCGCAGCCCCCGUUCUGCGUGGCUACUCCCUCAAAGACAAAAGAUGGCUGGAAUUCUUCAUCGACGGCGUAUCCGACAUUGUCUGGAACGCGCGAGCCUUUGACUCCCUGGUCCUUCCCCAUGGCCAUCACGAUCUGAAGGAGCUAAUCCUUGCCUUUGCCCAGACCCAGUCUAGUAACCUCGACGUCUUCGACGACGUCAUCCAAGGCAAAGGCCGCGGAGUCGUCAUGCUGCUCAGCGGAUCCCCAGGGGUCGGCAAGACCCUCACAGCCGAAAGCGUCGCUGAAGUCAUGCAAGUCCCUCUCUACGUCCUCAGCGCCGGCGAUCUAGGCACCAGUGCAUCGCGCGUGGAAGAGAACAUGAAACCCGUCCUCCGCAUGGUUCCAAAAUGGGGUGCCAUUCUCCUUCUCGAUGAAGCCGAUGUCUUCAUGCAAGCACGCGAUCAAAGCGAUCUGCAGCGAAAUGAACUCGUCUGUGUGUUCUUGCGACUACUCGAAUACUACGAGGGGAUCCUCUUCCUAACAAGCAACCGCGCCGAAACCAUCGACCGGGCAUUCGAAUCUCGCAUCCACAUCUCCCUCCGAUACCCAGACCUCAAUGCCAACUCCCGCCGCCAGAUCUGGAUUCAGCUCCUUGGCGACUCGGUCAAAUUGAGAUUCUCUGAGCAACAACUUGACGAGUUGGCAGGUCAUAACUUGAACGGAAGACAGAUAAAAAAUGUGCUCAAAACCGCUAGUCUUCUUGCUCGUCGGCAGGAAAUGGUUCUGUGUCAUGGACAUAUUCAGACUGUCUUAAGAGUGAGGGCGGCGCAUUCUUAGUUAGAUUGAUUAAUUGGUUGGGUAGGUAGAGUGAAGGAGGCAUUUAUUCGUUCUUCGUCUUUAUAUGAAUUUGUUUGUCUUUGGGUUUCCUGCUCUAAAGAUUUGAUUGGUUCUAAGGAUGGUCGUCCACGCAUAAUACUUACUUG